AAAUGGCGUUUUUGCCACAUGAAAAAAUUUAAUAACUGAUCAUUUUGUCGAAUGCAGAUUUAUUUCUCACCGAACUUGAUAAUCUGACGAAUAUAGAAUGGCUCCAAGGAAAGAAGCUCAAAAGGCCACCGAGUGUGGUGACUCAAAUAUGGAGAUUUUCUCAAAGGCACUCACUGCCGGCUCUGUUUGGGUGGAAAAGGAUGAUUUUCUAGAUGUAAUAUAUUGGUUAAGACAGAUACUCGGUGUUGUAUUAGGGUUAAUAUGGGGAAUUGUUGCAAUGAAAGGCUUUUUAGGUUUAGCAUUAUUCUUUUUAAUAAAUGUGGCUAUAGUGUACCUGUAUUAUAGUACAUUUCAAAAUGUUGAUGAAGAAGAAUAUGGUGGUUCCUCAGAAAUCUUAAAGGAAGGGUUAAUGACCUCGUUUUCCUCUUUUAUGGUAGCAUGGAUAAUUUUAUACUCUGCCCUACAUUCUGAAUUAUAGCAUCAAAAGUUAUCAUUCUAUUAGGAAAAUCAAUAUUUGUAACUGUUAAAUCAUAAACUAUGACCAUAUUUUUUCUGUACUAUAUUGAAAGAACAUAUGGUUCAGAUUACUGUUAUUAGCUGACAAAGAUAUACAAUGAGAACAGACUAAAUGGUGUAAAAGGAAAUCUCACCAGUUUAUGUUGGUGGUGUGUUGUGAAUAAUAAUAAAAUUCCAUAAUAAAUAAUGGCAUAUACUGGAUAUAACAGAUAUUGUUACAGUUAUGAAAUAAAUAAUAUUUAAACUUUUGCAUAAAAAAGAUACAAUGUUGUACAGUUAACAGCAGUUUGGAGGGGAAACUAUCAUAACCUAACAAGAAAGGAAAAUCAGUAUAGAGAAUAAAGUGUAAAAUAAAAAAUUCAAUUCAAAUUAUGUAUCCACCAUCUGGCAUUAUAAUUGCAUAUUAAACAUGUUUUAAAUUUUUAUAUUGAAUGAAUGUACAUGUAUGUGAUUUAUUUUGAAUGAUUAUUUAAUAUUAAAUGCAACUAACAUAUUGUGUUGAUAAUUU